CCGCCCGGAAGCGGAAGCGCGGCCGCGGUUCCCGCCGCGGUUGCCGAGCGGCGGCCGCUCCGUCCCGUCCCGCCCGCGGCCAUGAGCGCUGCUGGGCUCGUGUCCGCGCCGCCCGCAGCCCCGCCGGGGCCGCCCGCGCCCGCCAUGGCCCCCGCGCCCGACUACUACGAGGAGGAGGAGCUGGAGAGCGCCGAGGAGGAGGACGGCGAGCGGAGCGCCCGGGCCCGCGACUCCGACGAGGACACUGAGGAUGCCAGUGAAACAGACCUGGCAAAACACGAGGAGGAGGACUUUGUAGAAAUGAAAGAACAGAUGUAUCAGGACAAACUGGCAUCUCUGAAGAGGCAGUUACAGCAGCUGCAGGAAGGUACUCUUCAGGAAUAUCAGAAAAGGAUGAAGAAGUUGGACCAGCAGUACAAAGAAAGGAUACGAAAUGCAGAGCUGUUCCUGCAGCUGGAAACAGAUCAGGUGGAGAAAAAUUAUGUGAAGGAAAAGAAAGCAGCAGCAAAGGAGUUUGAAGAUAAGAAAAUUGAGCUUAAGGAAAAUCUGAUAGCAGAGUUGGAAGAGAAGAAGAAGAUGAUUGAGAAUGAAAAGCUAACCAUGGAAUUAACAGGAGAUUCAAUGGAAGUGAAGCCCAUUAUGACGAGGAAACUGAGACGGCGACCAAAUGAUCCAGUUCCUAUCCCAGACAAGAGGAGAAAACCUGCCCCUGCUCAGCUAAAUUAUUUGUUGACUGAUGAGCAAAUAAUGGAGGACCUAAGAACGCUGAAUAAGCUUAAAUCACCCAAGAGACCAGCCUCCCCCUCCUCUCCCGAGCACCUCCCAGCUACACCAGCAGAGUCUCCAGCCCAGCGAUUUGAAGCUCGGAUAGAAGAUGGCAAACUCUACUAUGACAAGAGAUGGUACCACAAGAGCCAAGCUAUUUACCUGGAGUCUAAAGAGAACACCAAGAUCAGCUGUGUGAUCAGUUCUGUGGGAGCCAACGAGAUCUGGGUGAGGAAAACCAGUGACAGCACCAAGAUGAGGAUCUACCUGGGGCAGCUGCAGCGGGGCGUGUUCGUGAUCCGCCGGCGCUCGGCCACCUGACUCUGCUCUGCCCUGGUUUCUGUCAGAUCACCAAACCUCUGCCAGGAGCUCACAGGCUGCUCACUCCUCCCAGCAGCAGGGAACAGUCCUGACCUCUGACAAGACACUUUGUGGCUGGCCACAUAAUCCCCAGUAGUCCUUAAACCUUUAGUGAUGCCCAAGCACUGCCCUGGACUAUUUCUGGAUUUUGCAUCAAGCUUCUGUACGCUCUCUUUGUAUUUCGGGUGACUGUUUGAGAAGACUUGGCAUCAUCUUCCUUUUUGUUGUUGUUUCGUGGUGCACAGAUGGGACUCGUGUCAAAAACAUCAUCAUCAUGUUUCCGUUGGGAAUCAGACCAGUGGAAGAAGCUUUGCUUGUCAAGACCUGAGGUUGUUUGUGCUUUUUGGUCUUGUUUUCCUGCAAGGCUCAGGAUUUUGGGCAAACGAUGAAUCCUGCCAGGUUUCAGCUGCAGCUGAGAGAUGCCUCCAGAAUACCUGGUACACAACAUCAGCUUUAUUGGAUGGACUGUUGAAAGACUGGAGACUUUUUUAGGAUGGUGUGAACAGCUCAGAAACCGCUGAAAUACGGUGAUUUUAAUGUAGCUCAGAGUCAGCGUGGUUAGUCAGAAGCUUCUGUUUCUCUUCACAUUAAAAAACCCUUCAAUAAA